AUGACGCGGCUCUGCCCAACAUCGCCCUCCACCACGCGACCUCCGCAGGUACCACCACGGCUGCCCGGUGUCGUCGGCCGAGUGGAGACACUCGCUGGCAUUUCGCGCCUCAAGAGCCGAAUGCCUUUCGGUGGUGCAACCGAGGCCUUGGAAUCAUUGUUGUAUAUAUACACACACAAACGGCCACGUUUCUGGACGACUAAAACAGUUUCCAGCGGAUGGAUCAAAAGGGGUGGUGGGAGGCGAGCGGAAUGGCAACCGUCGCUCCACCGAUCCCGAUAUGGUACACAGGCGUUGUCUCCCUCUCCGCAAGGAGAGUUUUCUUCCUUUUAUUUUUGGAAUUCACAAUACUGGUAUUUCUUGCAAGGUGUUGGGGACUUGGGAAAGGCUGUUCACGCUUUCGGGGAAGACGAAAGGCUUCGUCCCGUAGACAUGUAUAUACAUGGGUUGGAUGGCAGGUUGGGUUCAAGACGCACAGCACGCGCUUGCGUUGGAUGGGUUCAGGAAUACGGAGAACAUGAUGGUCUUGAGCCUUGCGCCGGAAAAUGUUGCUUAGUCCGCUCUAUGCGGGCCUUGGGGCUUUCAUAUUCCACGUCAGGAGGGGGCUCAUUGACCCAGAUUGAUCCUGAUUCCGUGAAGGCAUUGCAGGAAAGGCCUGCGAAUCUCGAAUCUCUAGGAAUACUGUCGUAA